AUGCCAACAAAAUAUAUUAGAAAAGGGACAGUGCAAAGGGGAAAAUGGACUAAAGCCGACCUACUCCGGGCUGCAGAAGCAGUUAAAAACGGUGUGAUGGGCUUGAGAGAAGCAUGCCACACUUUCAACAACAUUCCUCCUCCAACACUUAGAAGGCGACUUAAAAAUAAUGACUUUAUCAAAAGAACUCUUGGACCGUCUUGUAUCCUUGGCAUCCAGAAUGAAUUAAAAAUUAGGUUUCAUAUACAAAAGCUACAAAAACACGGAUUUGCGCUAACUCGUGAAAAUGUCAGAGCAAUGGCGUUUCACCUGGCAGAUCAGCUUAAAAUUAAACACCCUUUUAAUAGAGACAGUAAACUUGCUGGUUAUGACUGGUUACAUAUGUUUUUACAACGACAUCCAGACUUGAGUGUUAGAAAAGCUGAGGGUGUAUCACUAGCUCGAUGCAACGGGAUGAAUAAAGAAAAGGUCUCAGCGUACUUUAAUCUGUUAGAAACAACAUUAAUGGAGGCCGGUUUAGUAAACAAGCCUGGUCAUAUAUUUAAUAUGGAUGUGACGGGUCUCCAACUUAAUAAUAAGCCAGGUUAUGUUAUUGCUCAGAAAGGCUCAAAAAACGUUGCCGCAAUAACAUCAUCAGAAAAGGGAGAAACAAUUACAGUAAUCUCAUGUUGUAAUGCAGAAGGUUUUUACAUACCACCAGCUUGUAUUUUUAAGGGCAAAAAUAAAAAAACCGAGUUUGAGGAGGGUAUGACUCCGGGUUCUGUGGUUUACAUGAACGUAAAAUCCGCUUAUAUUAAUACGGAUUUGAUGUUUACCUGGUUAAAAGAACAUUUUGUUCCACGUAAACCAGACGGAAAAAUUCUACUUUUACUGGAUGGUCAUGCCAGUCAUUGUAAUUCGGUAGAAAUGCUGGAAUAUGCCGAUGAACAUAAUGUUAUUCUGUUUUGUCUACCUGGUCAUACUACUCAGUUCCUUCAGCCCUUGGACAUGUGUUUCUUUAAAAGCCUGAAAGCCUUUUGGAAUAAAGCUUGCAAUAAAUUUGUAAAAGCAAAUCCUGGUAGGAAAAUUUCUCGUAUGCAAUUUGGUCAAUUGUUGUCGGAGGCGUGGUCAAAAGCAGCAACUAUUGAUAACGCUGUGUCGGCUUUUAAAUCUACAGGAAUCUGCCCAUUUAAUCCUGGUGCUAUACCAGAGUAUGCCUACUUGGAUUCUGAGAAGAUGAAAAAUUAG